UUGGCACUCCCCGCUACUGCACUGGUCUCGGCUGUGGCCGUGUCCAUCACAGCUGUACCCUAUCCUAUCCACUCUCGACAAGCCCAUCUACCUAGACGACGAGAACAAAUCUCUCACAUCUCUUCCUCGGUCAUGGACUAUCUCUUGACUAGCUUCAAGGGCGUGGGCGUCACUUUCGGCAUCCUUGCUGUUCAAACAGGUGUACACGCACUCUGGCGCCCUCUCUCCUUCGCGGAAAAUUUCGGUCUACCCUUGAACCCCAAACUUUCUGCUCAAAAUCGACCCCGCGGUGAAAAGGACCAUGCGGCAAAAAGCGUCGACUUUGGCCCGGCCUAUACGACCAUGAUGGGCGCACGACAAGCCGGUACUGGAGUCAUCAUCCUUAUUUUUGCUUCAUGCGGUAAAUGGAUGGAAAUCGCUACCGUACUGUCUGUUGUGGGUCUGCUCUGCGCUACCACCGAUGCCUACAACCUUUGGAAAGGCGGCAAGAAUGGUCACGCAAGAUUCCAUGCUCUCCCUGGUCUUGCCAUUGCAGCUCAUGCUCUCGCUGUGCUAUAUAGAAAUGGAGGGCUGUAG